AAUUUAUUAGUUAACUAUCAUAUAAUUUAUUAUAUUGAUUGAUAUCAUAUCAUAUUAUCAUCACUAAUCAUAAACAUAUCCUGAAAGCAAAAGAAAAAAAAAAAAAAAAAAGGUAGGAAAUGGAGGGAAUUAUCCGGUGCUCCGCGAACUACGUUCCUCUCACUCCGAUCAGCUUCUUGGAGCGUUCCGCCGUCGUUUACCGUGACAGACCCUCCGUCGUCUUCGGUGAUGUCACCUACACGUGGGCACAAACGCACCAACGUUGUAUCAAACUUGCUUCUGCUAUUUCAAAACUCGGCGUUUCACGCCGUGACGUGGUUGCAGUUUUGGCCCCUAACAUUCCAGCUAUGUAUGAGCUACAUUUUGGUGUUCCCAUGUCAGGGGCUGUUCUCUGUACGCUAAAUACACGUCACAAUUUCACUAUGGUUGCAUUGUUGUUGAAACAUUCUGAGGUCAAAGUUCUUUUUGUUGACUAUCAGUUACUUGAUGUUGCUCAAGGAGCACUUGAGAUCCUCUCAAAAACAACCACAAAGCUUCCCCUUUUGGUCUUAAUUUUGGAGUGUAGCAGUGGUCAUGCACCACCCCCCUCUGCUCCUGGAACGUUGAUGAUAUAUGAGGAUCUUAUAGCUAAAGGGAACCUUAACUUUGAGGUGAGAAGACCACAGGAUGAGUGGGAUCCCAUCUCUCUCAAUUACACUUCUGGAACUACAUCAAACCCCAAGGGUGUAAUCUAUAGCCACAGGGGUGCCUAUCUCAAUUCCCUUGCCACGGUUCUUCUUAAUGAGAUGAGGUCUUUGCCAGUGUAUUUAUGGUGUGUUCCCAUGUUUCAUUGCAAUGGUUGGUGCCUCCCUUGGGGCAUUGCUGCUCAGGGUGGCACAAAUGUCUGCCAAAGAAAUGUAACUGCUGAGGGGAUAUUUGACAAUAUUUUUAAGCACAAGGUAACCCACAUGGGGGGUGCACCAACAGUUUUAAACAUGAUAAUAAAUUCACCACCCGAAAUCAGGAAGCCACUUCCCGGAACAGUGGCAGUGAUGACAGGUGCUGCACCCCCGCCACCUGAUGUGUUUUUCAGGAUGGAAGAACUAGGAUUUACUGUGACUCAUUCUUAUGGUUUGACAGAAACCUACGGUCCAGGAUCAAUUUGCAAAUGGAAACCAGAAUGGGAUAGCCUAUCAAGAGAUGCACAAGCAAAACUCAAGGCCCGUCAAGGAGUGCACCAUCUUGGAAUUGAAGAACUCGAUGUUAAGGAUCCUCUCACUAUGAAGAGUGUGCCAGCUGAUGCAAAAACCAUGGGCGAGGUGAUGUUUAGGGGCAACACUGUGAUGAAUGGUUAUCUAAAGGAUUUGAAAGCAACACAAGAUGCAUUUAAAGGUGGAUGGUUUCGGAGUGGUGACUUGGGAGUGAAGCAUCCUGAUGGUUACAUAGAACUUAAGGACCGAUCAAAGGACAUAAUCAUUUCUGGGGGCGAAAAUAUUAGCUCCAUUGAAUUGGAAGGUGUGAUUUUUAGUCAUCCAGCAGUUCUUGAGGCAGCUGUUGUCAGUAGACCUGAUGAUUUUUGGGGAGAGACACCUUGUGCCUUUGUGAAGUUGAAGGAGGGACACAGUGCUACUGCAGAGGAAAUAAUACAAUUUUGUCAGAGCCGUUUACCUCGUUAUAUGGCUCCUAGAACUGUGGUGUUUUCUGAUCUGCCAAAGACAUCAACUGGCAAGACACAGAAAUAUGUUCUGAGGGAGAAGGCAAAGGCCAUGGGAAGCUUGUCUAAGAAGAACACUAGCCGGUUGUAAUGCACAUUUAUCUUGAAAUGUGAAUGCAAUGUUUUCAAUGUUAUGUGGUUUUAUGUUGUUGUUAUUUUCUCUUGUAUUUAAAAUGGAAUUUGAUUAUUUGCAUGAAUAAAACACUUACUCAAAGUCAGUGGGACUAAGUUGAUCUUUUUUCUUCACUAAAAGUUACCUAAAAUUAUAAAUGAUCUGUAAUUCUCUUAUAGCCUUAUUAAAGAGAAAUAGUGUAAACUCCUAAAUUGGACCUUCAAAUUUUUGUCAUUAAAUCAACAUUAAAAAAAAUCAAAAUCAAUUUUUUGUCUCAUAGAUAUAGUCUUCGUUAAACACGAAUUUGAUUUUUAAAGGAUUGAUAAUAUUUAGAGGAAUUAUGAUGUGGACACUGCAAUCUUUGGAAAGUUGCUCGAAGAAAUAUUAGGUUCAUUCUGUCUUAUUAAGGUCCUCAUGCAGUGGAUGCCCAUGUCAUUUGCGAUUGUGAUUGGAUUCAAGAGCCUAUCGUCGACAAGCCUGCAAAAGCCUUUAAUCUUUUUUUGACAAGAAUAGGUCUCUUAACUGCUAUUCUUGUUUGCCCUCUGACUAUUCGACAAAAUGUGAGGUAGAAACUUUCUUAAAUCUUUAGAGGUGAAAGCAACUUUUCACUCAAACUAUCUUUGGGUGUAGGCCC